AUGGACUUUCGAAACGCCGAAGAGUUGCAUGCAGGAUUAUAUCAACAGAAAGAGUGGUGGAAGAGAACGUAUCGUAAACAAUUAUGGUACAAACGCUGUAGAGGAAAGAACGUGGUACGGAUUGAUAACGACAGCGAUAUAUCUGCCCUUAUUCAUGAAUACCCUUUUCAGUACCCAAGUGGGAAAAAAAAGGCAGGGAAGUGCAUCAUGUAUUUGAGCCGCCGAUGUGGGAGAUAAAGGUAAACCAGUAGCAAUGCGAAUUAUAUAUUUUUGGGAUUGAUAAGAAUAACACUCUCGUUAGUUUGAAUUCGCACUUUAUAAUGCUUAGUGUCCGAUUUUUUUCUUUGUCAUUGACUAAGGUAUUGGUAAAAGCAGACUUAUAUGAAUUGUUAAGAAUGAGAAUGCUCCACUAACAAUCUUGGAAUAGACCCUGUCAUGGCAACCGCAUGAGAAAUGACCGUACAGUGUUUGUAUCAGAAUGUAAUGUCGAAUAAUUUCUGUAAAACGACUGCUCUGAAAAAAAUAUGAAUUGUAAAAUGAAAGCUUCCCUGCUUAUAUGCAGCUGCAUGCGCUGGAACCACUUUACACCACUUUUUAUACACUUGUCUGUAAAAAUGUUUCUUCCUGCUGACUAAAAUUCUCAGGAAAAAUUGCAAACAAAUAUAUGGAAAAUCUAAGGCAAGUGUCUGGAGAAAUUUGAGCACAGUUACGGCCCCAAAAAUUUGCUAGUAGAAUCCUUUGCUGUGUAGCUUUAGGUUACAAUUCAUAUUUUUUUCAGAACAGCCGUUUCACAGAAAUAUCAGUCGAUGUAAAUUUUUCUUUCUUUUCAGUGACCGAGAGCUCACGUGCGAUCACUCUUGCGUGAAAAUGUCUUUUCACUUCCCGAAGAUUUUCCUAAAAAACAAGCUCCAUGAUCAAUUGAUAGAACUAUAAUUAUUGAACUCGGUUAUCACAAAAUAUCAUGAUUUGUCAGUGUCUCGCAGGUCAAUCAUUUGCCUCAGCCUUCAACCUCAGCAAAUAAUUUAUUGAUCUACCCGCCACUGACAAAACAAUUAUUGGACAUCAGAUUCUCAUACAAAAACUGUUAUUUCUCACGUGGUUGCCAACUCGUCAAGAUGCAUGGCUUCGCAACUGUGACAAGGUCUAUUUACUGUUGCCAUCCUGAUUCUUGUGAAGUAGGAAAAGUGCUGCUUAACUUGGAAUAAAAUUUGAAUAUAAUAAAUUCAUACUUGGCUGCAAGGCUUGGGGGAAUAAAACAGAAAAUCAGUAAUAAAUAAUUUAUUUUGUUUGAUUUAUUCCCCAUGUAACCCUUGGAGGCAGGAAUGAAUAAUUAUUUUAAUAUUUCAAAGUUGGUUUAACUCAUUUAAACUCAUCUUGUAGAAAAUCUCUAAGGUUACUCCUUCAGUCUUCUUCAGUCUCUAAAGGGUGUGUGUUUUAAAAUGGGAUGGCUAUCAAGGCUCAGCAAAUGCAGUGCCCCCCAAAACUGGGCUACCCAAGUGGGUUUAUAUGUACCUGGGGGAUGAGAAAGGCAUUUCAGUGUGCACAUAGAGUAUUCUGAGGUCUCAAUGUGAAAUGUACCAGGGAAACUCAGUUACACUGAAGGUUGUUGAAUGAAUUAUUUUCCUUUUACCUAGCUGGGUUGACUAACCACUGCUAAUAUAGCAAUUCUUUGACACUUUCAGAUAGACUUGCAGUAUGCACUCCUUGAAGGUCACCCCGUUUAGUAAAGAACACCUACAACAUUUUUGUUCAGAAGGUAGAAGAGGGGAGUGGGAAGAUAUCCAGCACUGCAGAAGUAAUCCAUGAUGUUGAAAAACAGGCAAAUCUCUCCAAGAUAAUAUAG